AUGCCUAAAGACAAGGAGCGCUCGGUCAAUCCGGCCGCCGCGCAGCGGAAGCUGGAGAAGCAAAAGAGUCUCAAAAAAGGCAAGGCCGAGGCGCUAGCCCGCCGGAAUGAAAAACUCGGCCGUCGAAAUCCAGAGCGCAUCCAACGGCAAAUCAAUGAGCUCAAGGAAAUGGAGCAGUCAGGGCAGGCCCUGCGACCACGUGAGAAACAGAUCUUGGAAGCUCUCGAACGGGAUUUGCGGGCCGUCCAAAAGGCCCGGGAAGCAUUGGGAGAUAAGGCACCCAAGUUUGCGAACUCGCAGCGCCAGCGGGGCGACGAUCACCCGCACGAAGGUAGGGACGGCGGGGUAUUGGGGAAGCGGAGGCGAGAUGGCCAUGGGCGCUUUGGGGAGCAGGAUAGCGACAGCAGCGAGACUGACGAAGAUGUCCGGAGGAUACCGAUGCCCCGAGAUACGCCCCCGCCUAUUCCACGCGAGUACCAGAAAAGAAACCAGGCAAAUGCAGGCGGCCAGGCUCGCGGCCCGCAUUCCCUUCCGGCCAGGCCCCCGGUGACAGAAUCAAGGACGGUCUACGAGGCCAAGCCAGAAAUCCGUGACCUACGACAAGAAGCCGUCAGCAAGUUCAUUCCGGCCGCGGUCAGAACCAAGCAGGAAUCAAUACGAGGCCAGGGCAAACUAUUAGAGCCGGAAGAGCUCGACCGGUUAGAAAAGGCCGGGUACAACGCCGGCCCUGCAGGGACGGUCACUGCCGCCGAAGAACAGGAAAAACUCCUCGAUGAAGAAAGACGGUUCAACCAAGAACUCAAGUCCGUCCAAAUCGAGGAAGUUGAAGACGAAGAAGCAUGA